AUGGCCUCCCUAUCGCGCGUAACCCGCAUCAUAUCUGCGACCUCCAAGAGAAAUUCCGCCAUGCCAUCUACGAAUUCCCAAAAAGUAAAUACCACAACCAAACUCCUCCGCGCCACGCAACCCCUCCAAAUCCCAAUCUACAUAACCACCCAAUCGCGCGCAAAACUCGGCAACACGGUGCCUGAACUCACUACACAUUUAACCAACCACCCGCUUGUGCGGGCCGACCUUGACAAAACCCUCUUCUCAAUGAUCACGCCCGAGAUGGAAGCGCUUCUCCCAUCGCCUGAGAAGGGGGAGAAGGCGUUGGAUGUGAUAAUCGUGGGGAUUGAGACGCAUAUCUGUGUGUUGCAGACGACGAUGGAUCUGUUGCGGAGAGGACAUCGGGUGUAUGUGUGUGUGGAUGGGGUGAGUAGUGUGAAUAAAGAGGAGAGGGGGAUUGCGGUGCAGAGGAUGAGGGAUGCGGGGGCGAUUGUGACGACGAGUGAGAGUUUGUUGUUUGAGAUGUUGGGGGAUGCGGGGCAUGAGGGGUUUAAGGUGGUCAGUGGGUUGGUUAGGGAGAUGAAGGAGGAGACGAGGGGGGCGGUGGAGGGAUUGGCGAAGAUUUAA